AUGAAGCUCGAGAUCGACUCCUUCUCCGGGUACCGUAUCUACCCCAGCAAGGGCAAGCUCUUUGUCCGUGGCGACAGCAAAGUCUUCCGCUUCGCCAGCUCCAAAAAUGCCUCCCUCUUCCUGCAGCGCAAGAACCCCCGCAAGAUCGCCUGGACGGUCGUCUACCGCCGCAUGCACAAGAAGGGUAUCACUGAGGAGGUCGCCAAGAAGCGCUCGCGCAAGACCGUGAAGCACCAGCGCGGCAUCGUCGGCGCUGACCUCGCCACCAUCGCCGCCCGCCGCAACCAGACCGCGGCCGUCCGCACCCAGCAGCGCCUUGCCGCCAUCACCAAGGCCAAGUCGGAGAAGAAGGAGAAGGAGACCAAGAAGGCCAAGCCUGCUCGCCCAACAGGAUCCACCGCCCCCAAGGUGUCGAAGCAGCAAAUGAAGGGUGCUAAGCAGAACGUCAAGAUGAAGUCUGGCCUUCAGUAG